AAGGGACCAGUUUUGUCAUUUUCUCCUAAUAUGGCAUUUAGGAUUUGUAACUUCGAGAGGAAAAUAGAAAAAAGAAAAGCUUCGACCUUCUCUUUUCUCUCGACAUUCACCGCCGCUGCUCCGCCAGUCCAGCCUCCGAUAUCGACUGCUCAGCUACUCCGCCACUCCGCCAGCCGUCCACCAAUCGCCGGAGCAGGGUACCACUUUACCUGGCUGUCAAUGAUGAAGAGGGUAUGGAGAAUCUCGGAUGCUUCCCAGACGGAAGCAAUUCUCCAAAGAUUUUCUGAAAAUUAUAGAAAACAUUCAUGGUGUUACACAAUUGCACGAGCUUCAGCCAAUACGUUGUGGGUUCGAGGACUAGCGGGCGGAGCAGCUUCUUCCCAACCUGCCUGGUCACAGGUAUUUGCUUUGUUCGCAGACAGGUGGAGUCACGCUGAUUCAUUGGUCAAACAGGAUCUAAGAGAAAGGGUUUCACAUUUAAGGGAUGAGUUGCUAGCUUGCAAUGGUGAUGCUGAAAAAAUUGAGAGAAUAUUAGCGGAUAGAGGGGUUUUGUUGUUUAGGAGGUAUGCAGAUGGUUCUGCAGUUGUUGAGCUCUUAAAACAACUAAAAUCUUCGCCCCAAUUAGCGCUCCAGGCUUUUGACUGGAGGAGAAGACAAUUGGAUUACUGGACUCCCAUGACAGCUGAGGAGUAUUCCAAGGCUAUUGUUGUGGCUGGAAGGUUAAAGAAUGUUGAUCUUGCAGCUGAACUAUUCAAAGAGGCUUCCAACAAGCAACUCAAGUCCACCUCUUUAUAUAACGCCCUUAUGACUGCUUAUAUGUUCAAUGGUUUGGCUGUAAAGUGUCAAUCAGUUUUUCGGGACUUGAAGAGGGAAGCAACAUGUACUCCAACUAUUGUAACAUACAACAUACUUAUCUCGGUGUUUGGUAGAUUAAUGCUGAUAGAUCACAUGGAGGCAACCCUACGGGAAAUAAAUGAUUUGAAUAUCUGCCCAAAUGUUAGUACAUACAACAAUUUAAUUGCUGGGUAUAUCACAGCAUGGAUGUGGGAUGAUGUGGAGAAGACAUAUAGAAUCAUGAAGGCAGGAGGUGUCAUACCUGAUCUUGCUACCCAUUUAUUGAUGCUUCGAGGAUAUGCACAUUCUGGUAAGUUGGAUAAGAUGGAAGAGAUCUAUGAGCUUGUCAAAGGUCAUGUUCAUCAGUACGGGAUCCCAUUAAUUCGAUCUAUGAUAUGUGCUUACAGUAAAAGUUCUGACGUAAAUAAAGUUCAAAAGAUUGAAGAGUUGAUGAGGUUGAUUCCUAAAGAUGAUUAUAGGCCUUGGUUGAAUGUCAUAUUAAUCUGUCUGUAUGCAAAGGAGGAUUUAUUAGACGAGAUGGAACAUUCAAUAAAUGAGGCAUUUAAACGUAACACGUCUGUCACAACAGUUGGUGUCAUGCGUUGCAUCAUUUCAAGUUAUUUCCGAAACAAUGCAGUAGACGAACUUGCUAAUUUUGUUAGCCGUGCAGAAUGUGCUGGUUGGAAAAUAUGUAGGUCCCUUUACCACUGCAAGAUGGUUUUGUAUGCUUCACAAAGGCGACUCAUUGAAAUGGAGCAAGUUCUUGAUGAGAUGGAUAAAGUGAACUUGGUCUGUUCAAAGAAAACGUUUUGGAUAUUACUUAAAGCCUACACAACGUGGGGGGAAAAGGAUAAACUUCAUCAGGUCUUGGGUAUGAUGUGCAAGCAUGGAUAUGGAAUUCCUACGAAUGGAUGAACGUGGUAGUUCAUAUUUCAAUUUCCUCCUGUCAUCUUGCUUUGAAGGUCAUGGUUAACUGAUUGUACUGCUUGCUGGAAUUUGGGAUUUUGAUGAAGCCAGUUGACACUCUUAUUUAGUUCUCCCUUUUCUUGUUCCCUCUCAUUGCUGAUAUACAGCAGUUAAAAGCUCAAGCGAUGAAAGCAUUUCUAUUUUACAGAAGAGUUAAGUCAAGCAUGUGUGAUGAACAUGUCUGCUUAUUGUCAAUAAAAUUCUGGGUAAUUUAGACAUCUCAUAGUACUUAGUUAUGUAACUUUACGUGUCUUAUAAUGGGAAACUGCAUUGCCAUGUACCGCUUCUCUAUUUUGCUCUCUGUGGCUCUAAAAUCUUCUACAGCCUCUUCGGUUCAUCGCCUUCCAGCUUUUCUGGGUUUUAGCAUCAUCUCUCCGCUACUAACUUUAUUCUUUGUUGCUGCACCCGCUUGGAUAUUAUGUUGUUCCAUUGCCUCUGAUCGGUGAGUCUCACCGAUAUUCUAUCACUUUUUCUUCUUUCUCCCUGGUUUCUAAAUUUAAAUCUGGGUUAAUGGUUUUAAUUCCACGAUAGAGCAUGUAGUAACAUAGAUGAUGCUACUUUUGGUCUAUUUAUUUUUAGGGUAAUUACAGCCCCAGGGCCUAGCUCAAGUGGCAAAGGGUGGUGGAUUUGUGUCUUAGGUCACAGGUUCAAGCCCCCAUACCAUGCAAAGCAAAGCCUGGUAUUUAAGUGGAGAAGGGUAGAGGGGCGGGCCCAUCAUCCACCGAGUUUUUAAGGCUGCGGUUGGUCCAAAGGAUCGGCCCCAGACGGAUUUCUCGGUCAUCAAAAAAAAUUACACUAAGCACUCCUACAAUAUUGCUCAGUUUUAUAUACACCGCUUGUAUUUCUAAAAGAAACACGCAUUCCCCUAUAUUAUGAAAAUCCAACUCAUUCUUAUUUCCUUAUAUAAAAAUUAAUACAUGGACAAAGUUUCCCUUAUCCCGAUUUUCAUUCAAUCCUUCUAGAACAAUUUCCAUUAUCCAACUUUUCCUCACAACUCAAUAAGUUUGUGCCUUCUCCUCUAUUGCUACUGUAUCCCAGCAGCCUUACCAAGUGUGGCCUUAUCCUCCAAAGUGUCUUGAUUUCUCUUGUAAAGCUUUUAUCCAAUAAGAGAUUCACAUUUUAGUUGAUUUAUAUAUAACCGCUGUUCGGACUAAUGGAGGCACAAUUUCGGCAAACACCUUUGGUGAAUGGUUCGUGACCAAUUCGAUCGACGAUAAUUACAUCUAUAUAUUUCUCUUUGAAAAUAAACUUUUAUUGCAAAGAAGAAAAAGAAGAGACCGGAAUACGGAAGUGUUUCAAGUUUAGAGAGUGUCCAACGGAAUGGCCAGUAAGGGACAAGUGAGUAAGGAUGGGAAUAGGGAUAAGGGCAGCCUCCAUAUAUUAAUUUUUAUAUGAAGGAAAUAAGAAAUGUGUAGGAUUUUCAUAAUAUAGGGGCAUUAAGUGUUUGAUGUUUGAUUUAGAAAUACAGGGGUGUCUCUAAAAUUAAGUGAUAUUAUAGGGGUGUUUAGCGUAUUUUACCCUUGCUUUUAUAGUAAAAUAGAUAGAUGAUUCUGUUUAAUUAAUCAAGUAUUUUAAAUGGCCUUCAUAGUAGUUAUUUGAUCAGUUAUUCAUAGGAAUCGUGAAUAUCUGGAAAGCUACACUGCUUGAAUGCCCAUUCUUCCCUCUUUACUGAUGGAAAUGCUAAAAUUGGUGUUGCCUCUAUUCAACUGCUGGUUUACAAAUAAUUCUCGUUCUUAUUCUUUUUUCUAGAAUAAACUUUUCUCAAAUGACAGUGUUACUUUUCUAUCUUGUUUUGAGAAUCGAGUAUUUUCACAGCCUUUGUCGUGGUUGUUAUUCGAAAAGAUUUAUGCAUUUGGCUUCAAAGAUCCAUUGUGUGUAUAGUUAGAAGAAUGUUGCUACGGGAUCCGAACUUCCUGUUUUCCCAUUUAUUUUCUGACAAAAAUUGCAGAGCCUUGAGAUUGAUAUUUUAUCAAGGCAAAGAAAAAACUUUUUUCUGACAGUUCUAUUACUUCAGAAUGAGUGCUAAUAUUUGGCCGAAGUGACAAAUUACUCAUUUAGAAUGAACUAUCACAUGAGAUAUAAAUGAGGUACCAUCUGACAUAUUGUGCAUUAUUCAUUCUCUUCUGUCAGUUUUUAGAGGAGUAAUAAGAAGAAUUCUAUGAACCACACUGGGUAAUGCCUUCCCAAAUUCAUGUGGCAUAUUGUCAUGCUCUUCGCUCCUUUAGCUGAUAAGUCUUCUCUUCUUAUGUGUGGGGUGUUUCUCCUAUCUAAGCUUUAAGUGAGGAUUGAGAAAGCUACACAUAUCUUUGUCAGAAGACUGACAUAUAUUUAUGCUUCUAACUGAAAUUUGUCACUUACAUAUAUAAGAAGAGAAAUUUGCAUUGAAAGAGCUUUCAUUCUGGAAUAAACUAUUUGGAAGGUCUGCCAUAAGCGCCCAACUAAAUUCCAUGUUGAAAAUUUCUGAGCAGUCGUAUGCUUUUCUCUGUCAGGACAUCCAAUUUGAUUGCAGACUUCAUUUUUCUUAGUGCAUGUGGUCUUAUUCAUCUAGAGGAACAAGAAAGUAAAUUUCAGAUAACCAUGUAUGGGUAAAUAAAUGUGGUUUCAAUUGCCUGAGGAAUAUGCAGCUGUACUAAGGGCAAUUAACACCCCCAUUAUGCUGGUUGAAUCUAUGUAAACCAUUGUGAGUUUGGAUUUUCUGUCUUUUACCUUCCUGUUACUGUGCUAGCAUAAUGUUCAAUUCUUCCAUUGGUACUUGUAUGAAAAACCUGUGUUUCCUGAGCAGACAUGCGCAGAGACAAAUGACAAGCAUUUCUGUGAUUAUUUUUGCAAGCACCAGCCAACUCAUUGCGGUUUUGUAUUUGAACCAAGCCUCCGAAUUCCAUUAUUCUACUAUUUCUGCAUCCAAGUCAAAUUGUUUCUCAUCUUCUGUUCAAAUUGAAGGAUCUCAAAGAAGAUAUUUUGGGUCUAGUAUCUCCAAGCUGAAGAACAGCUGUCACUUGUUAAUACUUAGAACUGCAGUGAAUCCCAGAUAUACUUGGAAGCCGUGCCUUGAUAUUUCUAUUCAGUUCCAAAAUGUGAAUAUGAGGCUGUUCUUGCCCAAUCAGUCAAAAGUUCCGGGAAAAACUGAUGCAGAGUAGGGCAUAUUUCUGGGCUGUGAUGUAUAUGAGUUUUUUCUUGCCCAAUCAGUCAAAAGUUCGGAGAAACUGAAGCAGAGUAGGGCAUAUUUCUGGGGCGACGUUUUACAUCUGCUGGUUUAUUUAUUGGUUUGUCAGUCUGCUAUUUAGCCUCUCAACUAGUGCAUACUGAGCUGAAGCAUCAGAAGAAAAUAGGGGAAAUAACUGUGCUUCCUCAACCGCUGGCUAUUCACAUGGAAAGGUCUAUAUUGACUAUGUAAUUGGAGUGGUGCAUUCUGGACUUUUAUGUUCUGUUUCUUUCCACUUUCCAGGUUUGGUUGAUAUGAUAAACUACUCUUCCACCUACUGAUUAUGUGAAAGCAUAUUACAGUAACUUUAAGGCCCUUCCUUAGAAAUACAAACUUAAUGAUAGAUGUGGAUCCAUCCGUAUUAAAAAAAAAGUUAGAUGUGGACCCAAGAUUUAGAGUCAUUGAGGUCGGAGGUGGUGCAGUGUAUGUACUUUCUAAUUUUUUUUUUUACAUUUGUAUGCAUGGUUCGAGUUAAGAAAAUUGUGUCUGGUUGAACUCCCUACAAAGGGCUAGAUCUGCCUCUACUAACUAGUACUAAUAGUUACUAUCGAAGUUAUUUUAAUUGAAAAGACUGCUUCAUUUCAUGCAGGUAUAUCUGGAGAUGGAAGAUGUUUAUUUCAUUCUGUUGCUCAUGGUGCUUGUUUAAGGUCGGGGGAAGCCCCUGAGAACCUACAGAGGCAAUUAGCAGAUGAAUUGUGUGGGAGCACAAUGGAGCAUGUACAACAGUGGCCAAAACCAUGCCAAGAUCACUUGAGGCACUAUGGGCUUACCAGAAGGUUCUGGAAUGUGCGGAAGUCUAUGGAAGCCCCCAAUGAGUGGAAUGUGAAGAAGGAAUGGCGAAAACACCGCGGGGAGAGAGUGAUAGAUAACUGGGAGAGAGCGUAGGUAAUGUGAAACAGUAGGUGGUAUCGCAUUAGAAAUGUUAUUGGACCCGAGGUCUGAAGUUUUCACUAUUCUUUUGGGUUAAACAGAAGUGUUUUAUUUAAACCAAGUAUAACACAUCAAGAGAAGGUUCCGCGGUAGCUAUAGCUUUGACUUAAUGUCAAAAUUACUAGAGAUGCAGAUUUUUUGAA